AUGUUAAAAAAUACAAGAAGAAUCCUAAACCUUCCCAAAGUAACCCCUCCAUUAACCCGCUCCUUAUAUUCCACAACCUGUUGUUUAAACUCCAGUAAAGUCAUCGGUAUAGAUUUAGGUACCACUAAUAGUGCAGUCGCCUAUAUUGCAAAUAAUUCUCCUCAAAUCAUAUCAAAUCAUCUUGGUAAGAGAACAACUCCCUCCAUUGUUGCCUUUGAUAAGGAUUCAAACGUAUUAAUAGGUGAAAUCGCCAAAAGACAAGCUUUGGUGAAUCCAGAUUAUACUUUUUUCGCUACAAAGAGAUUGAUUGGUAAAUCGUUUCAAUCCAAAGAAAUUCAAAAAGAUAUUAAAAAUUUACCAUAUACAAUAUUACCUUCAAAUACAGGUGGUAUCGAAUUAGCAAUAAAUGAUGGUUCUUGUAAAUCCCCCAAUGAAAUUGCAUCUCAUAUUUUAAAAUAUUUAAAAUCAACAGCUUCAGAUUAUUUGAACGAAGACAUUUCUAAAGCUGUCAUCACUGUCCCAGCAUAUUUUAAUGAUUCUCAAAGACAAGCCACUAAAGAUGCAGGUAAUUUAGCUGGGUUACAAGUCAUUAGAGUAUUAAAUGAACCUACUGCUGCAGCAUUAAGUUUUGGAUUCCAUGAAAUCUCCAAGAAAAAAAAUUCAGGAUUAAUUGCUGUUUAUGAUUUAGGUGGUGGUACUUUUGAUAUUUCCAUCUUGGAUAUAGAAAAUGGUGUAUUUGAAGUGAAAGCCACCAAUGGAGAUACUCAUCUUGGUGGUGAAGAUUUCGAUAAUAUAAUUGUAAAUUAUUUAUUGGAUGAAUUUAUUAAAUUAAAUCCAACUUUCACUAAACCACAAUUAUUACAAAAUAGAGAAUUAAUUCAAAGAAUUAAAGAUGCUUCAGAAAGAGCCAAGAUCGAAUUAUCUCACAUUAGUGAAACUCAAGUAGAAUUACCAUUCAUUAUAGAUAAUAAACAUUUAAAAAUUUCAUUGACUGAAUCUCAAUUAGAUGAAAUGACUUUACAUUUAAUUAACAAGACUUUAAUUUCUGUAGAAAAGGCGAUGCAAGAUGCAGAUAUAGAAUAUCAAGAUAUAGAUGAUAUUUUAUUAGUAGGUGGGAUGACAAGAAUGCCCAAGAUUAGAAGUAUUCUUUCAAAAACUUUUAACAAAAAGGUAAACACUUCUAUAAAUCCAGAUGAAACUGUAGCGUUAGGUGCUGCCAUUCAAGGUGGUAUUUUAUCUGGUGAAAUUAAAAAUGUAUUAUUAUUAGAUGUCACUCCAUUAACUUUAGGUAUUGAAACUUAUGGUGGUGCGUUUUCUCCUUUAAUUCCUCGUAACACCACAGUCCCAGUGAAAAAAACUGAAGUGUUUAGUACUGGUAUAGAUGGUCAAACCUCCGUAGAUAUUAGAGUAUUUCAAGGUGAGAGAGGUUUGGUACGGGAUAAUAAAUUAAUUGGAGAUUUCAAAUUAACUGGCGUGGAACCAAUGGCAAAGGGUAAACCUCAAAUCUUUGUCACUUUUGAUAUUGAUGCAGAUGGGAUUUUAAACGUUUCAGCCUCAGAAAAGAGUAGUGGGACUAAAAAAUCUGUUACUGUAGUGGCUAAUUCGGGACUCUCUAAAGAUGAAAUUGAUCAAAUUAUAGAUGAUGCUAAUAAAAAUAAAAAAAUGGAUAACAUGUUAAGAGAAAGAGUAGAAUUAUUAACUAAAGCUGAUGUAAUGAUUUCAGAUUCUGAAAGUGCUUUUAAAGCUUUUAAAGAUAAAAUUUCUAAUGAAAAAGAUUAUCUAAUUGUUUUAAAUGAAUUAAACCAAAUUAGAGAAGUUAUUGAUUAUUUCAAAAAAAAUGAAUCAGAUUUAUCAUUAGAUAUUAAUAUUUUGAAAAAAGAUGUAGAUUCUUUCCAAAAUAAAGCAUUUAAAUUAUUUCAACAAGCAUCCAAAAACAAAAAAGAAAUAACUAACGAAACUAAAUAA